UUCGGGGGCGGAAGUCGCGGAGCAUUGUGGGCUCGCUUGGAGCGGUGAGCCUGAAUGAAAGUGGCGCGCCGCGUCUGACGUUACUCUAGUAGGAGCGUCUGGCAUUGGGAUCCCGGUCAGGAUUCCGGUUUCUCGGACCCCCAGUGAGGACCUGACCACGAAGAGGCGGCGGCAGAGGGAGGCGAGCGCUGGUGAAGGGGGGCUACUCUGCGCGGCCCCGAGACAUGGCUCACAACAAGAUCCCGCCGCGGUGGCUGAACUGUCCGCGGCGCGGCCAGCCGGUGGCAGGAAGAUUCUUACCUCUGAAGACAAUGUUAGGACCAAGAUAUGAUAGUCAAGUUGCUGAAGAAAAUCGGUUCCAUCCCAGUAUGCUCUCAAAUUAUCUAAAGAGUCUAAAGGUUAAAAUGGGCUUGUUGGUGGACCUGACAAAUACUUCUAGGUUCUAUGACAGAAAUGACAUAGAAAAAGAAGGAAUCAAAUAUAUAAAACUUCAGUGUAAAGGACAUGGUGAAUGCCCUACAACUGAGAAUACUGAAACGUUCAUUCGUUUGUGUGAGCGAUUUAAUGAAAGAAGUCCACCUGAGCUUAUCGGUGUUCAUUGUACCCAUGGUUUUAAUCGCACUGGCUUCCUUAUAUGUGCCUUUUUGGUGGAGAAGAUGGAUUGGAGUAUUGAAGCAGCAGUUGCUACGUUUGCCCAAGCCAGACCACCAGGAAUCUAUAAGGGUGAUUAUUUGAAGGAACUUUUUCGUCGCUAUGGUGAUAUAGAAGAAGCACCACCCCCACCUGUAUUGCCAGAUUGGUGUUUUGAGGAUGAAGAAGAUGAAGAUGAAGAUGAAGAUGGAAAAAAGGAAUCAGAACCUGGUUCAAGUGCUUCCUUUGGCAAAAGGAGAAAAGAACGGUUAAAACUGGGUGCUAUUUUCUUGGAAGGUGUAACUGUUAGAGGUGUAACUCAAGUAACAACUCAACCAAAGUUAGGAGAGGUACAGCAGAAGUGUCAUCAAUUCUGUGGCUGGGAAGGGUCUGGAUUCCCUGGAGCACAGCCUGUUUCCAUGGACAAGCAAAAUAUUAAACUUUUAGAGCAGAAGCCAUAUAAAGUAAGCUGGAAAGCAGAUGGCACUCGUUAUAUGAUGUUGAUUGAUGGCACAAAUGAAGUUUUUAUGGUUGAUAGAGACAAUUCGGUAUUUCAUGUUUCAAAUCUGGAAUUUCCAUUUCGUAAAGAUCUCCGUAUGCAUUUAUCAAAUACUCUCUUGGAUGGGGAAAUGAUUAUUGACAGAGUAAAUGGACAGGCUGUCCCUAGAUAUUUGAUAUACGACAUAAUUAAGUUCAAUGCACAACCAGUUGGAGACUGUGAUUUUAAUGUUCGUCUGCAGUGUAUAGAACGAGAAAUUAUAAAUCCUCGACAUGAAAAAAUGAAAACUGGACUCAUUGAUAAAACACAGGAACCAUUUAGUGUUAGAAAUAAACCGUUUUUUGACAUCUAUACGUCAAGAAAGCUACUUGAAGGAAAUUUUGCCAAAGAAGUCAGCCAUGAAAUGGAUGGACUCAUAUUUCAGCCUACUGGAAAAUAUAAACCUGGUCGUUGUGAUGAUAUCUUGAAAUGGAAGCCUCCCAGUCUGAAUUCUGUGGAUUUUCGCCUCAAGAUAACAAGAAUGGGAGGAGAAGGGUUACUUCCUCAGAAUGUUGGCCUUCUCUAUGUUGGAGGCUAUGAGAGACCCUUUGCACAAAUCAAGGUGACAAAAGAGCUAAAACAGUAUGACAACAAAAUUAUAGAAUGCAAAUUUGAGAACAACAGCUGGGUCUUCAUGAGACAGAGAACAGACAAAAGUUUUCCUAAUGCUUACAACACUGCCAUGGCUGUGUGCAAUAGCAUCUCAAACCCUGUCACCAAGGAGAUGCUGUUUGAGUUCAUUGACAGAUGUGCUGCAGCCUCUCAAGGACAGAAGCGAAAACAUCAUCUGGACCCUGAUACAGAGCUCAUGCCACCACCACCUCCCAAAAGACCGCACCCUUCAACCUAAGAUCUGUCUCUGACUUCAGAGUUCAAGAGGAGAUAUGAGUGAGGAAAAAACCUCACUACCCAUUUUUGCAACCAGAGAAAUUCAAAGCCAAGGGUGGCUUGAUGUUGAUACACAUUGAAUUUUUUUUUUUUUUAAAAAGAGAGGUAUUGUAGCCAGCCUGUAAAUAUUUGAUGCAUUUAUUUCCUCAGUGCUACAAUACAUUAUAGACUUAAACAUUUUAUUUAUAUCUGAUAAACUCAGCCUUACCUUGUGAAAUCUGAAGAUUGAAAUAUCCAAAGGUUUAAACGAGAUUGAAAUCAGUGAAAAAGAGGCCUUGUUUAUAUAUGGAUAACAUUCACAUUUCGUUGAUAAAAUUAGCAAUCUGGAAUUGUGAGCGCAUAAAACACGGUAUUUUUAGAAGUUGUGUUUCAACUUUGGCAAGUUUUCUUUGAAAAAAUUUAAGCAGUGGCAUUAAAUAUUCUUGCUAUCAUUUAUCAUGGAUUUCCUGUAUUUCUGAGAUUCUUCUUGUAUUCAAAAACAAAUCACAAGGUUGUUAAAUAUUGUACUAUAUUAAACAACUUGGUCUGAUUUAUAUCAUUUUAAGGGUUUUUUUUUUUAAAUGUAAAAGUAAAAAAAGUAAAGCUCCAUUUUUGUGAAUUGCAUCGUUCCUAAAAGAAGUGUUCUGAGUAUUUUUAUCUGUUUCUCUUGUUUGAAUUACAAUAUUAGAUCUCCAAUUUGUCCAUUCUGGCAGCGGUUUUGAGUUACUUUAUGGAACUUGGAUAUACACCACCAGGUCCUUUAUAUAUUGUUCUCCGAGGAGAUUUUUCUUUUUUUGAUACCAGGGCUACUUCUGCUUUACCUCAGUGGUAUCAGCACAUUGUAAAUUACAUUAGAAUACACAACUCACUGUGAUCUAUGGGAGCGAUAGCACAUACAAACAAUGCUGUGUUAGUUCUCUCCAACAAAACAGCGAAGGAAAUGCCAGCUGACUCCUUUGAUUAGAAGGUAAUGUCAACAGAAUAGAAUGCUGUCACUAGAAAAUGCUCUCCUACUGCUAGGUAAAUGCAGAGGGGAAGCAGACAUUUGUAGGAACUAAACUUCAAGGAAAUCAAGAUGGUUUAUUUUCAAAGCCAGAUUCUAUCCGUAUUAUUUUCUGGGGAUGUUAUUUCUGUUAUGCAUCUGAAUUUUUAAAUGUUUAUGGAUAAUGGAUUCAAAGGUCAGCUAAUUGGUCAUCUGCCAUUGUUGAGAAACUGUGUUCUGAUUGGCUUGUGAAGGAACUCUUGAGAAUUAGCUGAUUAGAGGCUACUGUAUUUAUUUUUAGAAGUACAUGUUUUAAGUAUAUGUAUUUAAAGCAAAUUUUCAUGAUCUGAAUUUUAUAUGUGUGGAUGCAUAUGUUUGUGAAUAUAUGCAGCAGUGUCUAUUCUUCUACUGAUACAGCCAGACAUGAAAAUCCAGUGAGUUACCUAGUAGAAGGAAUAUUUGACAGGAUUUCUAUACGACAUAGCACAGAUUAACCAAAAAUGUAUUUAUAUUCACCUGAGUUUUAAUGUUUUUACUUCUGCUGUGCUUUUCUAUGUGAAAUAUUAGAAUCAUGCUUGGGCUUUUUCCUUUGUUGUUCCCAAGUUAUGUAAUGUAUGGUGAAUUUAUCCAAAAUGCCAUUUUAAUGCUUUUUUUCCUAGAGUGCUUUUGUGCAUUUGGGCGCUAAAGGAAUUAAAACACUUAACCGUCACAAUGACUGUUAGAAGCGAGAAAAUUCCAAAAGUUCCAUGGUGUCUUUUACAAAGUGGGUCUAAAAAAAUGCCUCUGCAACUCCAGAGAGUCUGAUGCCUACUUCCCCAGGACAAGUGACCCUCACAUCAUACGUUGUAUUCUUCCGAGCCUAUGGAAAGGCAGAGCCCUUCUGCAGAUAUAAAACCAAGCUUUUGCCAAUGACCUUUAAUAGAGUUAAGAUGUUUAUGGUAAUUGUAACCUUUUAAAUGAGUUAUGUGAAAAGAGCAUCUCAUUUUCAAUGCGUCAGGUAUUUUCUCCUUGUCUUUAUGCAUUUUAGCAGGACUUAAUUUUCUUAAUUUAUCUUUCCCUUUAAAUGACAACGAAGUAUAA